AUGGAGGUUCGCAUCCCUGUCGAAAUCAGCUCGGCCAAAGACGAACGGACAGUGCUUGCAGAACUGGCCACGCUGCUUGCUCACAUUCCUUGGGUCGAGCUCAUGCCCGAGCACGGCUGGGGACGUCCAUCUCAGCCCUACCUGGCAUGGACUGGACUGUGCGGUUGCCGGCUCAACGCAGACAUUCCAGAGGCAGAAGCAGCAAUUGGCGCUGGGGCAACCAUUGUUUACAUCACGUGA